UUGCUUGCUUCUCAUGUUUGGGGCGAAAUGCUUAGGUGGGCGGCAGAAGGGAUACAUAGCAUGAAGAUCCUGGUGAAGUGAAAGGGAUAACAACGGCAAGCGGCACCAAUCCCACAUAUAUAAGUGAUCGGACCCCAGCCCCAAGCAAUCUAUUCGUCAAGAAACGCAAGCUUUUUUCGCCUUUCGAUUUAAUACCACGACCAUGAAGUUCGCUACCACCCUCCUCACCCUCUGCGCCUCCUCGGCUCUGGCUGCACCCACCGCGUACGCAGUGUCUACUGCCGCAGCCAAGGAAUGGACGCUGCAAGGCGUCAAGCGCGCCUGCGACGCCGCUGACACGACAUGUGUCUGGUACUUCGGCAUCUCCACCGGCAGCGACGACGCCAUCCCGGCCGUAUAUGUCGUCAACGCCACCGAGAGCGCUCCCGCGUCGCAGGCAAACGGCAGCCCGACGGCUUUUGGUGCCUACACCAUCAUCAGCGGCUGGAGCGGACAGUUCGGCCCCGGCGAGGGCUUCACUACCAUCAGCGUUGUCGACUAUGCGAACAAGCUGAUUGCAUACCCUGCCUACAGGGACGCCGAGCUGGGCAACGGGACGACUGUGAGCCCCGACCGCAGCUACCCAGUACAAAGCUUGCCAUAGACGGGAGGGCGAAUGAUGUAUGACAAGGCAUGAGGUUAAGUUUGGCGAAAAGGAGAAGGCCGGAGGGCUAAUGUUGGACUUGGGGUUAACACGGUGGACCUAAUGAUCGAUAUCUCCUGCAGUGGCU